UCAUCGCUGUAUAAGUUCAGUUGCACCCGGCAGGUCAACAGUCAGUUUCAGUGCCGCAGGUGGAGGGAAGGACGAAAGGGACACGCGUUUGUAUCUUUGCGUCAGGUCAGCGAUCACUCCCGUUAUAUAUCACUGUCUGUCCGCUGGCUAGCCGUUGUAAGGAUGCGCGCGCUCGCCGUUAUUGUUUUGUUGGCGUUCGUCGGCGGGUCUGCGGCCGACACUCCGGCCAACUGCACCUAUGAGGACCUGCUGGGCACCUGGAUCUUCAGCGUUUAUAAUGUGGGUCAAGACCGAACCAUCGACUGCUCCAGCACAGGAAAGCCAGUGAACACGGUGACCGUGGACCUGCAGAAGUUGUCUGUAGCUGUGGAUGAUCUCGGUCACACUGGCUUCUUCACUCUCAUCUAUAACCAGGGCUUUGAAGUGGUGAUCAAUGACUACAAAUGGUUUGGGUUUUUCAAGUAUUCUCAGCAGGGUUCAGAGGUCACCAGUUAUUGCGAUCAGACGCUGCCCGGUUGGGUUCAUGAUGUUUUGGGGAACAACUGGGGCUGUUUCACUGGGAAGAAAGUCCAGCCCAUCCCACCCCGGAUUGACCACAGUAUAAUGCUUGAAUUCCAACACAAACUGCUCAUGAAGCUGCCAUACACAAACAACAUGGGGUUUGUGGAGCAAAUAAACUCUGUUCAGAAGUCUUGGAAAGCAACAACAUACAGUCUCCAUGAGACCCUCACCAUACAGGAGAUGCUGAGAAGAUCAGGAGGACAUGCCUCUCGUAUACCACGACGUGUCAGGCCUGUGAUGGUUUCUGCAGACAGUAAGAUGGCAGCCGGUCUUCCAGAACACUGGGACUGGAGAGACGUGAAUGGACUCAGUUAUGUCAGCCCUGUCCGCAACCAAGCUCAAUGUGGCAGCUGUUACUCUUUUGCCACUAUGGGAAUGCUUGAAGCUCGAGUCCGAAUCCAGACAAACAACACGCAGCAGCCGGUGUUCAGUCCACAGCAAGUGGUGUCCUGCUCCCAGUAUUCUCAAGGUUGUGAUGGAGGUUUUCCAUACCUGAUUGGUAAAUACAUCCAGGACUUUGGCAUUGUGGAGGAGGAUUGUUUCCCGUACACCGGGGAUGAUUCUCCCUGCAAAGUACCUGAGAAAUGCACAAGGUACUACGCCUCCGAUUAUCACUACGUGGGUGGGUUUUACGGCGGGUGCAGCGAGGCGGCCAUGAUGCUGGAGCUGGUCAGGAACGGCCCUAUGGGCGUGGCCCUGGAGGUCUACCCAGAUUUCAUGAACUACAAGGAGGGCAUCUACCAUCACACCGGCCUCCGUGACUCCGUCAAUCCCUUUGAGCUGACCAAUCACGCUGUGUUGUUGGUGGGGUAUGGGAAGUGCCAUAAGACCGGCGAGAAAUACUGGAUCGUGAAGAACAGCUGGGGAACCGGGUGGGGCGAGAAUGGGUUUUUCAGGAUCCGUAGAGGAACAGAUGAAUGCGCCAUUGAGAGCAUUGCUGUAGCCACUACACCAAUCGCCAAACUUUAGAGAG